AAACACACGAGAAUGGGUCCAUUAUAAAUAACGAGCACGAAAAGCGUGGAGAUCUCGCGACAUUUUAAAUCAAGUGAAUGGCGUGCGAUGGUGUUACACAACUUGUUUGAUAACAAGCAUGUUGUGAAAGCUGUGUUGUUAGUGCUGUAUCCCGUCAUAGUAGCAGACCUGGCUAGAGUGUAGGAACAAGACAAUAUCUGUGGGUUAUGCAUUUGCACUUUCGGCUUGAUAAAUUUGCAAGUUUAUCAACAGCGAAGACUCUUUCCUGGCUCGGGUGAGUUGUGCGAACCGAUACCCUUGCAACUCCGUGAAAACGCCUGUUUUUAUCAGCGUGAAGUGCCUUCAGAUACACUUUCCCAUUGUUAUGGCAUGAGCAAUGUUGAAAGGUGGUGUUUUUUUUUCCAGACCGGAUGAAAUGGUUAAACAAAAAUACACCCACCACACGCAUGGUGUUUAUUUUAGGGUCCAAUGCAAGGCGUGCUAUUGCCGUCUGCGUAUGUGCAGUGUUGUAACCUCCGAGUGAUGCCAUACUCCUUGAGAGUAUGGCAUCGUUUUGUGUGGUUUAAGAAUGAGUCUGCGGAAUGUUUCGUGUUUUACUAUGCGAAAACUUUGUUUUUGUGUCUAAGUCUGGGCAGUGGUGCUUGAUGUUUUCAUGGCAGAAGCAUAGACUAUAAAUAAAAAGGGCCCAAACCAGGAUUUUGGAAAUACUGAGGUCACAAGUCCGACACACAUCCGGCCACUCUCUGGGACAAAAAAAUGAACACAAACCAAGAUAUUUUUUUUAAUAUAUUUAUAAACAGAUGGGUGAUACGAAAAAGAAAAAACAGAGUGGCUUAGUAAUUUGUUAGGCCCCCAUGUGCUGCCAGAACAGCUUCAGUUCACAUUAAUUUUAUAAGUCUCUGUUGGAAGGAUGGAACACCUUUAGUCCAUUAUUCCCUUAUUUGGUGUUUUGAUGAUGGUGGUGUGGAGCAUUGCACUUUGGUCUGGAAUCUCCCAUUGGUUGAGGUCUGGUGACUGCAAAGGCCACAGCAUAUGAUUCACAUCAUUUUCAUUAUCAUCAGACCAUUCUGUGGCCCACCAGGGCAGAAAUGUUUCAUUGUAGGAUGAAGGUGAUCACUCAGAACCACUUUGCAUUGACUCAAACCGUGCCAGACAACACUAGGCAGUUGAGCAGCCUUUGUGACUGAAGCUCCUUUAAAAUGUGCCCCAACAAUGAACCCUCUUUCAAAGUUACUUAGCCCUUUUCUCUUGCCAUGUUAAUACAAUCAUUUGGGCCUGCUCAGCUUUUAUACGCACCACAGAGAAUGAGUGGAUGUUGAUUGCUUAAUCAUACUAUGCAGUACACCUGCAUUUUUUUUUUUUUGAUUCACUUAUUCAGGUUUUUCCUUACAAGUUGCCUCAGACUCUUGGAGUCCAGUGUAUACUGUAUAUAUGUAAUAUUAUUAUUUGGAUUUUUCAUAUUUAAUUCAUUCAGUUAGUUCUUCAGGUACACCUUGUAUAAAGUAUAAUAUUUCUCAGCAGCAAGGUCUGAAUGCUGUUUCAAAGCCAUCUUCAUACUCCAAUGAAUAGAAAAUUGGAGGAAGCUUAUUUUGAGUUGAAUUUAAACAUAUUGUUUCUUAAUCUCAAAAGGUUGCUAAAAACAGAUGACUGGUCCUUAGUGUUCUUAAUGGCAGUUACGGCCAUGGAUGUGAUAUGUUGUGUCAUAAUUUCUGCUCAGACAGUUUCUCUGCAGCUGUAGCACAGACUCAUCUCUUCCAACAAAAUGCCUGAGGGACCCGAGCUCCACCUGGCCAGCCUUUACGUGAACAAAAUGUGCAAUGGUGUGGUGUUUACUGGACCGGUCAGAAAAUCUGAGGUCAGCAAGAGUCCUGAUGUGCCCUUCACCUGUGAGGCCUAUCGCAUCACAGCUGCUUCCAGAGGGAAGGAAGUGAAGCUCACGCUGACGCCCAUGAAGAGUGAUAGUUCUAAACAGAGAGUGAAGGCAGGAGAAGCAGACCAUCCUAUGGACAUUGUCUUUCGCUUUGGGAUGUCGGGCCAUUUCCGCCUCACCCCAGAGGAUGAGCUUCCCAAACAUGCCCAUUUGCGUUUUUAUUCCAAAGAGAAGCCCUGCAGAGUGCUGAGCUUUGUGGAUACACGCAGGUUUGGCAGCUGGCAGCCCAAUGGGACUUGGCAGCCUGACAGAGGGCCCUGCAUCAUGUUUGAGUACAAAAGCUUCAGGGAGAACGUCCUGUCGCACCUGUCUGAACGUGCCUUCGAUAGGCCCAUCUGUGAAGUUCUGCUCAAUCAGAAGUACUUCAAUGGUAUCGGGAACUAUCUGAGGGCUGAAAUCCUUUUCAGGUUGAACAUUCCACCCUUCGUGCCUGCCCGGACUACACUGGAAGGCCUUGUGUGGGAGGAUUUAUAUGAAACUAACAAGACUGUGAAAAAUGAGAUCACAGACACAAAGACCUCAGGCAGAGCUAAAAAGAAAGGGGUGAAAGGAGAGGCCGGUGACCUGCUCAGACUGUGUCAUACAGUGCCUCUGGAGGUGGUGAACCUAGGUGGAAAGGGCUAUGAUCCCAUGAAGGCAGACUACUCUGAAUUUGAGGCUUGGCUGCAGUGUUACUGUGUGGAUGGAAUGAAAUCUGUUCGGGACCACAACGGCAGAACUAUGUGGUUCAAAGGAGAUGCAGGCCCCAUGGUACCUAAAGAUUCAAAGUCACCCAAGGCAAAAAAGAGAGUAAAGAAACAAGAUGACCAUGAUUACACAGACAAGAAAAAGGCCAAGGGUCGAACUGAGAGCACAUUAAAGAAAAAGGUGGUCAAACAGGAAACUGUGACCAAAACACCAAAGAAAGAAAAGGAUGUCCGCCCAGCAGAAGCCAGAUCCAAGAGACGACAGACUGAAAAAGCCCAGGAAGUUAAAACCCCUCAGAAUGAAAAGAGAUCAGCUGCACGUAGACGGAAGAGCAGUAGUGCAGAGCCAACUGCAGGCCCACAGAGACGGAGCAGCAGAGUUACCAGACAGAACAGGAAAUAAGGCCUCUCUGUAUGAGACUGUUUUUAUAUUUUUAUAUGGUAAAAUAUUUUUUAAUAAAACACAUUUCUACAAACGUU